AUGCUGGCAAUCCUGAUGGUCGCCAUGGCCGGCGUGGGAGGCGGCCAGGCGUGCGGCGCCCGCGACAACUGCUCCGGGGACGGCGGCUCCAAGGAGUACUGCUACUCAGCGCGCAUCCGCAGCACCGUCCUGCAGGGACUUCCCUUCGGCGGCGUGCCCACCGUUCUGGCGCUGGACUUCAUGUGCUUCUUGGUUUUGCUUUUUGUCUUUUCCGUCUUACGGAAAGUGGCCUGGGACUACGGACGUCUGGCGCUGGUCACUGACGCUGACAGCCGAAGACGAGACCGAGAUAACUAUGAGCCGGUGAAAAGCGUGGCAUCGGCGAUGCACUCGGACGCGCCCGACCGCUACGAACGCCUCACAUCCGUCUCCAGCUCCGUCGACUUGGAACAACGCGACAACGGCUUCUGCUCCUGGCUGACGGCCAUCUUCCGAAUCAAGGACGAGGAGAUCCGCGAGAAAUGCGGCGAGGACGCGGUGCACUACUUGUCCUUCCAGCGUCACAUCAUCGGCCUCCUGGUGGUGGUAGGCGUCCUCUCCGUGGGCAUCGUGCUGCCGGUCAACUUCUCCGGCGACCUGCUGGAAAACAACGCCUACAGCUUUGGACGCACGACGAUAGCCAACCUGAAGUCUGGGACCAACUUGUUGUGGCUGCACACCUCCUUCGCCUUCAUGUACCUGUUGCUUACCGUCUAUAGCAUGAGGCGACACACGUCCAAGAUGCACUACAAGGAGGACGACCUGGUGAAACGCACUUUAUUCAUCAACGGCAUCUCCAAGUACGCCGAAGAGAGUCAGAUCAAACAGCACUUUGAGCAAGCGUACGAGAAUUGCACGGUUCUAGAAGCUCGGAUCUGUUACAACGUGGCUAAGCUAAUGUCUCUGAACGCCGAGAGGAAGAAGACCGAGCGAAGCAAGAAAUUCUUCACCGACUUGAUGGCCAAGGAGCAUGUUCCCACCAUGAUCAACCCCAAACCCUGCGGACACCUCUGCUGCUGCGCCAUCGCCGGAUGCGAGGAGGAGGAGGCGGUCAGCUUCUACACCAAGAGGGAGGCCAAGCUGAAGGAGGAGUACCGCAAGGAGAAGGAAAAGGUCCACACCAAACCUCUGGGCAUGGCUUUCGUCACCUUCCAGAACGAGGCAAUGACAGCCAUAAUCCUGAAGGACUUUAACGCGUGCCAGGUUCAAGGUUGUCGCUGCCGGCAGGAACCGCGGUCAUCGCAGUUCAGCGAAGCGCUCCACGUGCACAACUGGAGCGUCUCUUACGCUCCGGACCCGCAGAACGUGCGCUGGGAGCACCUGUCGCUGGGCGGAGUCUCCUGGUGGAUCCGUUGCCUGAUCAUCAACUGCAUUCUGUUCCUGCUGCUCUUCUUCCUGACCACCCCUGCCAUCAUCAUCUCCACCAUGGACAAGUUCAACGUGACCAAACCUGUGGAGUACCUCAACAACCCCAUCGUGACCCAGUUCUUUCCCACACUCCUCCUGUGGGCCUUCUCUGCCCUGCUGCCGACCAUCGUCUAUUACUCGGCGUUCUUUGAGGCGCACUGGACCAGGUCCGGAGAGAACCGCACGACGAUGCACAAGUGCUACACUUUCCUGAUCUUCAUGGUUCUUCUGCUGCCUUCUCUUGGCCUGAGCAGUCUGGACGUUUUCUUCCGUUGGCUCUUCGACAAAAAGUUCUUGGCCGACGGGACGGUCCGCUUUGAAUGCGUGUUCCUGCCCGACAACGGCGCGUUCUUCGUCAACUACGUGAUCGCCUCGGCCUUCAUCGGGAACGCCAUGGACCUGCUUCGGAUCCCGGGCCUCCUUAUGUACAUGAUACGACUUUGCCUGGCGCCGUCGGCGGCUGACAGGCGCAACGUUAAGAGGCAUCAAGCGUAUGAGUUCCAGUUCGGGGCGGCCUACGCAUGGAUCAUGAACGUCUUCACCGUGGUCAUGGCCUACAGCAUCACCUGCCCGAUCAUCGUGCCGUUCGGUCUGAUGUACAUGCUGCUGAAGCACCUGGUGGACCGCUACAACAUGUACUACGCCUACCUGCCGUCCAAGCUGGACAAGAAGAUCCACUCUGGUGCCGUCACCCAGGUUGUGGCGGCGCCCAUCCUUUGCCUUUUCUGGCUGCUGUUCUUCUCCACCGUGCGAACGGGAUUUGAGACACCCACGUCCAUGUUCACGCUGGUGGUCCUGGUAGUGACCAUCGUGGUGUGCCUGUCGCACGUCUGCUUCGGACACUUCAAGUACCUCAGCGCUCACAACUACAAGGUACGAGCAUCCGUUUGCUCGCUCAUCGACACCAAGGACUCGGACGCCGAAGUCGUGGAGAACGGACGGCCGCCCCGCAACGCCGCAUCCCCGCCGGCCAAAUCACAGCAAAUGUACAUUGCCCAAGUGCUCCAGGACCCCAACUCGGACGAACCGGGCGGCGGGGGCGAGGAGGACCGAGCCUCGUCCCAAGACGACGACGUGCUCAACGGCGGCGACAACAUCAACGAGGCGGAUUUCCACUCGGGGGAGGACAGUCUGAUCGCAAACGAGGUCCGCCAGUAA